AUGGCAAUACUCUCCGACGUAUCCCACGGCGCCGCCGAUGGGAACGCUGCUCAUAUAGGCAGGACCGGUGUUGAUUCGCUCCAAACGCACUCACUUUCGUCCGAGGUCCAAUCUGCGCAGUCCUUUGGUAUGGGUGACCAUACUGGACAGCACUACCACGCGGUAGACGCGCUUUCCUCCAACGUGCUUCCUGGAGGCGGCCGUGAUAGGAUCCCGCCACCGGAACCCCAAACAAAGCCGCCUUCCACCAAACGACGCAAAAUCAAUACGUGCUACCCAUGCAAGCAGCGCAAGGUCAAGUGCGAUCGGCAGCACCCAUACUGCGGCCAGUGUCAAAAGCACCGCAUUCCUGCAGAGCGCUGCGUGUGGUCCUCUGAUAUGUCGAUGCCGUCAGACAUGCAUUCACCCACCGCGCUCCAGUUUUCCAAGCCCGACAAUGGUCACGCUAUGGGCCUCGGCAGCGACUGGGCGGGCGCGCAUGGCACGGAGAUUGCGCUGGAUAAUGACACGCGCGCAGUUAUUGAGCGCAUUAGCCAUUUGGAACAGCGGCUUUCCACCGCAUCUUCGCAGACAUCGCACGACAUACAAGGCACCACUGCAAGCAGCCAAGCGCAAAUCGACCCGCUGCUUCUCGGCACGACGCUUUCUCUUGGAGAUGUGAAUCCUGAGCGCUCCAACUCAGCACUUUCUCAGGACGCAGCCGUCGCUGCCGAGCUCGCAUUCUGGCGCGCGAAAAUGGAGCAGCAUCACCGUCCCACGCAUUCCGGCGACGGUACCCAAAUGGCGCAGAUGCAAGCCGAGCAGAACAUUGCCGCAGAUGCACUGGCCAUGUUUGCGCGCCACAGCCAGCAUGGUCAGCUCGGCACGAGCGACCAAGCCGGACUUGGUCGCGCCGGUGAAAAUGCCGACGCCGAAAGCCUGCCCCGCCAAAAUAUUGUGAGCGCGCUUUUUGACUCGGCCGCAUUCAGCCUCGGCAACGCGACCCAAGCCCCGCGUGUUCGCGCCGCGCUCGAUCAACUCCCCGACAACCAACAGAUGGACUACUUGUUGAAAAUCCUCCAGACCGUCGACCUUCAUGUGUCCUAUGGCAUCAGCUGGCGUCUGGUAAAAAUGCAGCUUACCAAUUUGCGCUCGCAGAUUGCGAACUGGACCCGCAUGCAGUCCACUGCGCCGGACAAUAUCGAUUUGUCUUUCUUGGCUCUCUUGCUCGUACUUUUGGCUCUUGCCGCGCAAUACACCGAACCGCGCUUCUUUAUCGAACAGGGAUUCUGCACCACCACCGACCAGAUUGGCUCCGUGGUUGACUCCUGGAUCGACACCGCCCAGUCGCUGAUGGCCAUGGACGACUUUGUGAACAAGACCAACUGGAACCACAUUGCCGCGUUGCUGCUCUCAGUUGAUCACCACGCCGCACGCGGAAAAUUGUGUGUUUGUCUCACUACCGUGUCUAUCCUGGUGCGCCUUGCGGAGCUACAAGGGUAUCAAACCCUGGGCUCUGCAAAGGACGACGAGGAGCAGUGGAAACACUCGCCGGCGAGCAAGCAAGUGUGUCUUUCUGCAGUCGUCGGCGUGCCCAGCACUUCGGCGGGGCGACCUACCAAGCCAUUCAUCAACUUGGCCACUAGUCUUCCCGAUCGGUCACAUUUGGUGCGCGAGGCAGCGCGCAGACUUUGGUACAAGAUUGCAUGUAAAGACAUGAUCCUUAGCACGGUGUUCAACCGCGCAUCGACCAUUGAUACGUCGCGCGUAACGACCAAGUUCCCUUUGAAUGUGGACGAAGACGAAUUGCCCGACGGCGAAACACAUUUGCUUCCCCACAUCAAGGAGGAUGGCCGCGCGACAAUCAAUAACCUCACGCCGUACGUGUACGAAAUCGCUGAGCUCGGACGCCAAUGGGGCGACGCACUGCGCUUUGGUAUCCAGUCGUACGAUCCCGUACUGGAAUACGAUGCAAAGUUUAGGUCUUUGCUCGCUUCCCUCCCUGUUUUUCUUCGGCCCGAUCCCGCCUUGGAACAGCUGCCCGAGGUGCGACAAGAGCAGCUGCAGCGCCCGUAUUUGGCCAUGCACCGGCUCAUCAUCUUUGAGGCGGUGAACCACCAACUCCUCAUGUUGCACCGCGACGACAUGUGCCGUGGCCAUCACGACGAGAAGUACGCUUAUUCCACACGCGUGGCUGUGGAUGCGGCACGGACCAUUAUUUCGUGCAGGCAGCAGAUCGACAAUGUGCAUCCGUCUGUUCAGCGCCAUUCUGUUUUCCGCCACCACCUGUUCCAGGCAGCAAUCGUUCUCUCGCUGCACUUGCUGGAGCUUACACGCAAAUCGCAAGGGUCGUCACAAGUAGCGCACCAACUCCGCGACGACAUUGCGCUGAUUAUGAACUAUUUGACCGAGGCAAACGACGUAAACGGUGCGAUGAAUACGCAGUUGCCCCAGUCGCAAAAGGUCGCGAUCAAGCUGGUGGAGACGCUUGUUGCGGAAGAAUUGGCACAGCAGCAGGGCGGUACGCGCAAGACAGAGUCGCCCAGCGCGGACAAAACGCUCCAAGGUUCCAGCGAUUCUGUCGGUGGCAUCUCUUUGUACAACAACAAUUCCAACAGCCUUUUCCAGCUUGCCCCCUCAGAAGCGGAUACUGUUAAUGACGCGGCGAAUGCAUUUGCAUCUCAGAUGCUGGAUUCUCGGGUUGCGACCAGCGCUGCCUUGUCCGAGUUGUUUGCGUCGUUGGACGAGCUUAUGGUGCCUAUAUACUGA